AUGUCCCGUGUUCGCAACAUCCCCAAAGAAUUCGACUUCAUCGUCGUUGGUGACAAUGAAGCCAUCACAACUCCUGCUCGUGCUUUCGAGCUGCGCGGCAGCCCGUGGGACUGGGCCUACAAAACGACCAUGAUCGAUCGCCCCGAAUACACUCGGGUCGAAAAGCCCAACACCCGUGGCAAAGUCCUUGGUGGCAGUAGCUGCCUGAACUACUACACUUGGAUCAGGGGAAGCAGGGCUACUUUCGACGAGUGGGCAAACUACGGUGGUGACGAAUGGACUUGGGACACGUGCAGGGAGUACUUUGACAAGCCGGCCACCUUCCAUGAUGACGAAAAGCAAUUCCCAGAAUAUCUGAAGCACAUCGGCACCAACGGUCCACUCCACGUUUCGCCCGUUGAGCUCGUCUCUGAAUCCGCUCCGUUCCGCGACGCCCUGAAGAAAGCCUGGGUCAGCAAGGGCGAGAAACUGAAUGACGAGAUUUACGACGGUGAGAUGCACGGCCUGGCCACCGCAGUCAGUUCCAUCUACAAGGGCGUCCGGUCUUCCAGCUGGGUCUUCCUCGAGGGCAAAGAAAACGUCACCGUCCUUUCGCAAACCAACUCGAAACGUCUCAUCAUCGAGGGCGACAAGGUUGUUGGUGUUGAGGUCAUCACGCCCGAUGGCAACGACCUUUCUCUGCGUGCCAAGCAUGAAGUCAUUGUGUCAUCUGGCGUCUAUGAAUCCCCCAAGCUGUUGAUGCUUUCCGGCAUUGGUCCCGCGAAAGAGCUCUCUGCGUUCGGUAUUGAGACCGUGAUGGACUCGCCUCACGUCGGACAGAACCUGUUGGAUCACCCAAUCCUCUCGCACGUAUUCAAGCUCAAGGAUGGCUAUGGUCUCGAUAACCACCUCCUCCGCGCGGGUGCCGAAAAGGACGGUGCCGUCGCUGCGUACCGUCGUGAUCGAACUGGGCCCCUGAGCAGUGGCCUGCUCGAGCUGAUUGGGCUGCCCAGAAUCGACGAGCGUCUCAAAAAGCAGAAGGAAUACGUUGAGUAUCUCGAGAAGAACGGUGGUGUUGACCCGUUUGGCCCCGGAGGGCAGCCGCAUUUUGAAGUUGAUUUUGUGCCCAUGUUCUGCGACGCCUUCCAAUGGCACUUCCCCACGCCACCACAAGGCGACUACUUCACCGUCAUCGUCGAUCUGCUGCGUCCUCUUUCUCAGAACGGUACGGUUACGCUGAACUCCGCCGACCCGCUGGAUCAGGCAAAGAUCAACAUCAACUUCUUCUCCAACAAGCUGGAUCUCAUUGCACUGAGGGAAGGUGUUCGCUUCAUUGAUGAUAUCGUCAUGAACGGCGAGGGGAUGAAGGACAUCAUCGAGGGUGAUUACCCAUGGCCCAUGCCAAGGACCUCCGACGAGGCUAUGAUCAAGAUGAUCCUCGAGCGCUCGCAGACUGGCUUCCAUCCUUGCGGCACCACCCGUCUUUCGAAGAGCGUUGAGCAGGGUGUUGUUGAUGGAAAGCUCCGGGUCCACGGCAUGAAGAACCUCCGCGUGAUCGACGCAUCCGUGAUCCCAGUCAUUCCAGACUGUCGCAUUCAGAACGCUGUGUACAUGAUCGCUGAGAAGGGAUCUGACAUUAUUAAAGCUGAUUAUCCCGAGCUCUACUAG